AUGAGCGCCCCGAGGGAGGGGCUGAAUGCACGGCUGCUGAGCAACGUCGUCAACCCGUACAGCACGACGAUGGCAACCCCUCGCUCCUCUCGAGACCCAUCUGCCGAGCCGACCCCUCCACAACCCCCACCCACCCUCGCCUACGCCACAUUUCACGAAUUCCGCAAGAAACCCCAGCACCAACAAUGCCGGAGUACGGUAGUUGAUGGGGCGUGGUAUAGCGAGCAACGCGCAUUUGCCCUCGCCUUCAUCCCCAAGAACACGGAUGGAUACUACUUUGCCGGCGCCGGGUUUGGCGACGAGUUGGAGCCGGGCGAGACGAUUGGAUCCCCGGCUUUCGACACAUUCCGGAAAGUGGGGCGGAAUUUUUUCGAAAAAAUCGGGCUUGUCGCCAAGCGGCGGGAUGUCAUCCAUGAGACGGCGCCCGAUGAGGAGCUACCAGAAAACCCACUCGACGACUUCUGCCAGCGUCCCUUCGAAUUUUGCCGUGAGGAGAAAAAGUUCUCAUUCACCGACCUGCUGUCAGCUAAGGAAAAAGAGGAACGGCCACCACAGCCUGAGAAAUGCUCGUACCUGUUUCGGGGCGCCAGCCUGGAGGAGAUGGGUGAAUUCCCGGCGGAUUUGGAGCCGGAGCACGAGUACGAUCCGUACUGUCCCGUACAUGGGAGUCGAAGGAGGGUGAGGAGACGGAAGGACAAGCUGAUCACGAUGCAGACGUUGAUGAACAGCGUCGACGAGGCCGAGGACUCACCACUACGCUUGCCCAGUUAUAUUUAUAGCCAAGACUUCAUCGCCAAGAUCAUCCGAAAGCAAAAGCGACUUCAGAUGAGCGGGGCUGAGAAGCGGCGAGCGGACAAGAUUAUGCAAAAAAUUAAGUCAAAUUUGUGGAUCAUCUCAGUGGCGUUUCUCUUCCUCUUCACCGCAUUUCAUGGGCUGCAGAACUUGCAGACGUCGGUGAACAGUCGAUUGGGGGCGGAUAGUCUGAUGGCCCACUACGUCUCGCUGGCCAUCUCCUCCCUCUUCGUCCCCUCCUUCAUGAUCGACCGGCUCGGCUGCAAGCAGACGCUGAUCAUCUCCAUGGUCAUUUACACGCUAUAUAUCUUUACCAACUUCUUGCCGAGAUACUACUCGCUGAUCCCGUCCUCAAUCCUGGCUGGCGUGGCGGGCGCGUGUCUCUGGGGCGCCAAAUGCGCCUACAUCACCGAGUGCGGCAUCCGGUACGCGCAGCUGAACGUCGAGGCGCCGAAUACCGUCAUCGUCAGGUUUUUCGGGUACUUCUUCAUGGUCGUCCACCUCGGUCAAGUCGGGGGGAAUCUGUUGUCGUCAUACAUCUUGGAGGCGUCGAUUGGAUCUGUGCCGCCACCCGAUCACGCCAUGCACACUUGCGGCCACGAUUACCCGAAGAAUUUCUCGGAUCUCUCGGCAAGGGCCGCCAAAAACCUGGAGCGCCCACCGCAAUCGGCAAUUGUAUCGGUAUGCACGGCAUAUCUGGGGUGUGCCAUCGUGGCUGUCAUGAUUCUGUGCAUGUUCUUGAAUGCUUUGCACAAAGACACGGUCAAUCGCCAAAAGAAGCCCUCGUUCGACGCGCAAAUUCUGAAGCAAUCAUUGAAGAAUUUCGCAAAUAUUAAGGUGCUUCUCCUCAUCCCACUCACCCUGUUCAACGGGCUCGAGCAGGCGUUCGUCGUCGGCGUCUACACCAAGUCGUUCGUCGGGUGCGGGCUGGGCAUCUCCCAGAUCGGGUUCGUCAUGACGGCGUUCGGCGUGGCGGACGCGGUUUGCUCCCUCGUUUUUGGGCCCCUGAUCAAGCUGUUCGGCCGGAUGCCGUUGUUCGUCUUCGGCGCCGUCAUCAACAUGUUGAUGAUCGUCACGCUGGUGAUCUGGUCGCUGAACCCGUCGGAUUCGUUGGUCUUCUACGUGGUGGCCGGCGUCUGGGGCAUGGCGGACGGCGUUUGGAAUACGCAGAUUAAUGGCUUUUGGGUGGCGCUUGUCGGGCGGCAUUCCCUAGAUUUGGCCUUCGCCAGCUACCGCUUCUGGGAGAGCCUCGGGAUCGCCACCGGCUUUCUGUUGAUCCGGUUCACCAGCGUCGAGGAAUACCUGCUGAUCUCGUUCUGCUUCUUGCUGCUAGGGAUGUGUGGAUACCUUUGCAUCGAGUUGUACGACUACAUACAGGGCUACCUCCUAAAGAUGUUCGACGCAAUUUGCAUCCGGAGAAAACCGCUGCCAGGCCAGGAUCCGUCUUCGAUGCAGAACUCGUUGCUCAGCUCGCAGCAGCCGACGACAAUGCCGACAUCCAUGGUCACCUCCAAUAUCACCACCGACACGGAAUUAAAAACAUUA